UUAAAUUCAAACUUUAAUAUGUCAAAAAUUAUCCAAGAGAGCAAGCAGGAUAAGGCAAGGAGGAAGUUCAGAAGGUGGGUGGAUAGAUCUUACACUACUUUACGAGUGAAAAUGGUGCCCUCAAUGCUGCAUACUCUCUGUAAGCUGAAACUGAAGAUGAUCACGUACCAGAGGAAGAAGCUGGGUAGGAAUCGAAUGCAAUCUAAGCAAUCUCUUCACUCAACAUCAUCCCUCAGCUUCGAGGUUGCUGGCGAGCGGAGUCACGUUAUUGAAGAAAAUGCGACACAAAAGUUGUCAGGCCACGGAGAAUGGAGGUAUUACGACCAACUUGUUGAAAUGAGUAGUCUUCAAAAUUCAGUGUUCAGUGAUGUAAGAGAAAAACCUACCAAAAUUUGCUAUACUCUCACUAAUCCAGAAGAUAAUGUACAGGAUGCUACUUGAGAGAGUAAGGAUUCAGAUCCUCAACAGAAGAGGUUCAGCAUUAAAGAUAUAUUACUUGGAAAGCACAGGACUAAGUCUUUGACACAUAUUCGUGAAGAAGACCAACAGAGAGACCAACCUAUUGGGCUUGUGAGUGGUUCUGCAAGGAAUUCGAAUGUUCCAAACCCGACUUGCGUUAAGAGCGAAGUGGAAAAAAUAGAGCAAAACUAGCCAGAAAGGGGCUUCUAUAAAUGAGAGUACACCUAAAAAUCAUCUCA